UUGCAAUUUUAUCAUAUUUGUAGUGAUAUUAGAGGUUCGAGAAGGAUCUAUACCCCUGUCAGAAGAAGCAAAGUAAAAUGUGUCCAAUCCUUUCUAUGACCCAUAAAAGCUUUAUAUAAUGAAGCUAGUUCCUGGGGUUAGAUAGAGUACAGGGCGUACAAUAGUGGCGAACCCAUAGAACAAAAUAAAUCCUUUCCUUGUGGGACGGGUGUGGGUAGGUAAGGUUUUGAGUCCCAAGUAUAUAUAACAUCUUAUAUUGUUAUCACUUUCCAUUUUUUCCCAACACAUUCAUUUACUCCCAAACGACGCGUUAAAUAUCACCUGCACACCAAUUUCAAACAUGGCAGCCGGUGCUCAGCGAUCAAUCCAUAUCCGCAAGGCAACUCCUGAAGAUGUUGCUACAGUCUCCAAACUCGGAGCACAUAUCUUCACUGUUACCUUCGGCCACUCCGUUCCAGCAAAAGAGCUUCAAUCCUUCCUAGAAGAUUCCUACAGCAUAUCAGCAACUGAAAAGGACCUCAAAGACCCCAUGAAGGACAUGGUCGUUGCAUCAAAUCAAGACGGCGCCAUUCUCGGUUUCGCCCUCUUAACCCGUGGCAGCACAGAACCAUGUCUUUCCCACCUCGAGAGCACGGUAGAGCUCCAAAGGAUAUAUGUGGAUCCCAAUCACCAUGGGAAGGGAGUCGGGAGGUUGCUUGCCAAUAAGCUAGAAGAAAUUGCGAGGGGUGAGGGGUUUAAGCAUAUUUGGCUUGGAGUUUGGGAGGAGAACAACAACGCUCAGGGGAUGUAUGAGAAGUUGGGGUAUAGGAGGGUGGGCCACCAUGACUUUACUAUUGGGGAGAUUGUGCAGACGGAUGAUAUCAUGACAAAGGAGCUAUAAGGCGGUUUCUAGAAUUAUUUUGUUGGAGUUCUCGACUAUUGCGACGAAGAAGGGCGAAGGAGAGUAGAUUAGAAGGCAGCUCAGCUCAUUCGGAGAGGGGGCUGCAAUUUAUAGAACUCAAAUCGACGGCGCUAUGCGGGCAUUAUAGUUACAUAUUUGUUAUAAAACAGUUUUCUUUUUUUUAUUGCGUUUAUACUCCUUUUUAAAAACAUCAAAAACCAAC